UUCUCUUCCUCCGAUCACUCUUCCUCUCCGAUGUCGCCGGAAGAGGAAGAGAUCUUCAACAAAUUGAGAGGUGUCGACAUUUUCGACCACGAGCAAGGUUUGAUUCUUCUUAGGAAGAUGACGAGAUCUAGCGAGGAUCUUAGGGUUUCGCUUUGUACAGAUCGGAUUCUCUCGUUUCUCCGGUCACUGCUUGUUUCGCGGUACAAUCUCGUACAGACUAACGCCGCAGCGUCUUUGGUUAAUCUCUCGCUUGAGAAACAGAACAAAGUGAAGAUCGUACGGUCAGGAUUUGUUCCUUUGUUGAUCGAUGUUUUGAAAUCGGGAACGACGGAGGCGCAGGAACAUGUUGCCGGAGCUUUGUUUAGUUUGGCGCUUGAAGAUGAGAAUAAGAUGGUGAUCGGAGUUCUCGGUGCGGUUGAGCCGCUUCUUCACGCGCUUCGUUCUUCUGAGAGCGAG